UUUCAUACAUGAGUAGAAAAAUUGACAAGUAAAAGAAACCAGAACUCUUAAUGUUCAAAAUUCCAAAAUUAUAAAAACAAUGCAUCGAAAUUAGUAACUAUUGAAAACAACAAGCAAAUACAACAUGGCUACACCAGCCGCUAAGAAGGAAGACAUUAAAAAGAAAGAAGACGUUAAACCAAAAGAAGACGUUAAAAAAAAGGAGGAUGUAAAAAAGAAGGAAGAUGUUAAGAAAAUUGAAAGCGUUAAAAAAAAAGAAGACGUUAAGAAGGAAGGAGAGAAGCAGGACGAUGCUCCAGGAACAGUAGGAGAGGGUGAUACUUCUCCAAAGAAGCCAGUCGCACGACCUGUGGGCAGAAGAUGGCACAAAUUCCGCGCUUUGACCCCGAACUCCGCGAUUCUUCGUGGAUCGUUCGCGAUGAACGAUCUUCACUUCAAAUACCGAAGUCGUGGUCGGCAAGCAGCUCCAGCUUCCGUGGUGGCCAUCGUCUAUGGUCGUCUGUUCGAGCCGAAAGAGUGGAUCAAGGAUUACGUGGACCAGGUGUUGGAGAACGCCGACAAAGUGUACCGCACGAGCGCCAUGAGGAACCACGUGAAGGAGGACGAGUACAUGAAGGCCAGACUGAUUCACCCGGAGUUCUAUAUAUCUAACUACAAGGUUAUGGUCUGCGUCGAGGAAACUGGAAUUUAUGGAAACCUCUUCAGCGAGACAGUUGGUUGUCCUGAUUUCGCGGACGGUUUGCGGAAGUUUUUCCAGGCAUCCGAUUCCGCGGUGAUCACUGCGCAAGGGACGUCCAUUGCUAUGUGGCGACAUCCGGAAAUUGGUUUCCUCUACUUCGAUCCUGCACCAUGCGACGAGGAUGGUGUUCGUCACGCUGACGGCGUAGCCUGCGUCAUGCGGUUCAAAUGUAUGAACGAUCUCAGGAGCCAUUUUCUGAAGAGUAUGGAUCAACGUUAUGAUUCUAGAUACUGCAUCGACAAGGUAACUGUCCUACGGGUUAGCGAGGUCGGUGGUGGCUACAUCGACCGUACUCCAAGCAGUAACCGCUUAACUGUCGAUAAAAGUGUCUUACGCGCCAUCAACCCCGUUGAUAUCGAUGAGAACAAGAUGGAUUGCACCAAGCCAGCCCCUAAAGGAGACAAAGCGAAGGUUGUCACGCAGGCCAAGAUCCACAGGGAACCUUUAUCGAUCACCAUCUCGAACUACAGUAUAGAUAAGAAAUUCGCCACCCAGCCUCUAGUAGAUCAAAACAAAUUCGACACAGGCUACACCUACGAGAACAUGCACGCGAAUGUCCCGUCGACGUUCAGAGAGCUGUCCGGUUACAUGGCUAUCCUCCAUGGGCUGACCCACGAGCACAGCGACGUUUACAAAGGCAAAGGAGCUCAGAAUGUAGCGAACUGCGUGAUGGCUAUCGCGAUGAAGAAGGUCCAUCCGGUGAAGACGUGGCUGAGACCGAAACUGGACGAGAUUCUGACUCAUGGGGAUGCUCUUUACGCGGAUGUGAAGGCCGAGAAGCCGACCAUCAAGUCCAUGACGGCGUCGGAUUUGUCUGACGUGAAGCUUCAGCUGGAGAAUCGGAAGCUGGUAAUCGACGUGGAUCUUAUCACGGUCGCUGGCACCGUCAGCUCCAAGAUUCCCUCGGUGUUGAACUUGAAGCAGGCUCUGGAAGAGUUCUUCUUAGUGAACACGGAAGGCAUCAUCGAGUCUUCGUCGAUGUCCGUAGCGAUUUGGAGCCAGGAUGAUUGCUAUUACAUGUUCGAUCCUCGGCAAUGCGACACCAACGGCGUCAGGAUCCGGGAGGAAAAAGGGAAAGGUAAAAACGGGGAAGACAAGAAAAAGGGAAAUUGCUGUGUAAUGAGGUUCCCGAGCACCGAUACUCUGGCUAUCCUCUUCUGGAAGGAUCUUGAACUGUCCAAGAAGAAUGAUCGAUUCACGAUCAGGCACAUAACUAUACUCGACGAUAUUCCUGGGUCCAGGCCAUGGCACGACUUCCAAUCAGGUACACCUGGCGAAACUUGGGUGCUUCGUGGUACCACGUCCAACGAGGAUGAAGAAUUCGAAGAUGAAAAUAGGGGAAACCAGGGUCUGGCUAUGCCGGUGGUUGGUUUGAUCGCUGCUAAGGAAACCCCACCUGCGAAAUGGACGAGCGAGACUAUCGACGUUGCUCUACAGGAGGGUGACGCGUAUUAUACCUGGUGCAAUCCUCCGAUGGAAACGGAGGAAGACGAGGCGAGGUAUUUCUUCGUCUCUAACUUGAAGAAGAAUUUGUACUACAAGAACAGAAAGGUGAAGAUCGACGUAGAAGAAGGAACGGUGAUCGGAAAUUUGUCGGCAGCGGAUGACAGCGACUUUCUGAAUCUAACGAGAGCCUUGAAGCAGUUUUUCGAAGACAAUCACUACGGUAUCGUCGACGUCAAGAACAUGAGCGUAGCCGUGUGGAAAACGGAAGAAGACGUGAAAGAGAAGGAGGAAAUAAUUCAGCAGCCUGUCUAUUACUGUUUUGAUCCUAACCCAAGGAACAAUCGCGGUUUGACGGAGAUGGACGAGGAAGAAGUCGCUGUGGCCUGUGUGGUAAGAACAUUGGAUUUACCGGUUUUGGCUAAGCUGAUACAAGCGAACGCGGAGCAAGACGAAGAGACUACCGGCGACGAAUUUGUCAUACACGCUAUGAAGAGUAUUCAAAUCGGCAACGAGAUGACCGAGGAAGAGAUCGACGCAGACAAGUUGAUCCCGGUGAAACCUGAUCUCAACAAUUACCAAAACAUGGGAGAGAGCGGUGCCAUUUUGAUGGGAAGCUUCAACCAGGCCAACGAGAUGAUGUUCAAACGUCAGACCAGGGAUAAACAGCAGGCUGCCAGCGCCUUGGCGGCCUUGGCUAUGACGAAACUGUACAAUCCUCACCUAUGGUACAGAGAAGUGGUUGAUGAUAUCUUGAAGAUAGGCGAUAAGAUUGCGACUGAGAACUUGGAGAAUAUUCCGAUAGAGGAGACAGAAGAGGAGGAGACGCCUAGGAAUUAUCUACUCCCCGAAGAAAUCGGCGAGGAGUUCAACGUCGGGGUAAACAGAAUGAACGUGGAGCUGGAAACUGAGAACGUCGCUGGUAAAAUGACGGAUUUGGAGACCCAGUUGGACACUUUCUUCGAUACGACCACGAUGGGCAUAUUUAGACAGGACAACAUCAUGAUGCCCAUUUGGAGAGAAGGGGAAGUUUUGUUCGCUAUGGACCCUAAAGGAAGGGACUCGAGAGGCGAACCUCGCGAGAAAGACGGCGCAGCUGUUAUAAUGUGGUUCACGGAUGCCGCGUCGUUGGCAGCGGCGAUUGCACAAGUUGCCACUGGCGAUGAUUACAUCGUAGACGCGGUUACUUUGAGUAACGCUUAUGAAACCAGAGUAGCCGAGGAAGAACGAGCGGCCAAGCCGACCUCGGGAGAUAAAGCUUGGUACCACUUCGUCAAGAUGAAGGACGACGUCUGGGGUAUCGAUGGCACGAUUAAAAUGGACAAUGAGAGAUUCGAAGAAGUGAACCGGAAUCAACAGACUGCGGCAAUAGCCGUGGUGGCCGUCGUUUUCGCGAAGGUUUACGAACCUAGAUACUGGACCCAAGCAGUCCUCGAUGAAGUGAUCGUUACGGGCGAUAAGCUACACUCGAAGUGCGUCGACAGACUAGGCGGAGGUGCGAUACCUAGGAUCAACGAGAUCAUGACCGAGUUCUUUCUUUCAACCCGCCGCAUCAAUCUGAGCAUCAAGGAUUGCGUCGAAGCCGGAAGCUUGACGGCCAAGCCGCCAAAGGUGCAAGGACUGAAGGAUGGAGUAGAUAAGUUCUUCUCGCGAUAUUCUUCCGGCGCAUUAACUGUUAGCGGGAAUAGAAACAUCCCAGUUUGGAAGUUCGAUAACGUUUAUUACACUCUAAUACCUGAUUGGGUUGCCGAUCCUGCAGAUGGAUCAUCGAGUGCUCCGAAAGUUUUAAGAAUGGCCAACACCGAGAUUCUGGUGGAGUAUUUGAUCAACUUUCUAGGCACUGAGAGCGAUUACGAAAUGAUCGUUAUAGACGUGCUUAACUGGAACAAGUUCCCUCCAUGGAAGUUCGACCCCAGUGCGGCUGUUCGACCUUCGAACCUGCCUCCUUUGAAUGCUUACAGGAGAGUGCAGGGCGAGGCUAGAGCGAUUCUUCGCGGAUCUUACCAUCAGGGGGACAGAAUCUUUCCCGAAUCGUUCAGGAACAAGCAGACAGCCGCUAACUGCGUGGUCGCCAUUGGCAUGUCUGUCGUGAAGAACCCGAUCACCUGGACAAAGAGAACGAUGGACGAGAUUCUAGCCAUCGGCGCCAACGUGCACAGGCUUACCGAGAAGGCGAAGCCGACGAUCGUGAGAAUCAAACCUAAGGACAUUAUCAGAGUGUUCUACGUAGGAGUGAAUAUUCUGACUGCUGACAUAGAGGCUAGCACGGUAACCGGCAUAAUAGCUAUUCCCCCUCCUCAGCCCGAAGAGAAGAAAAAGAAGAAACGUGGCGGGACGAGGAGGGCCAAAGCUGGCAGGUCGUCGAAGAAAGCUAGAGGAUCUACCAGAGUUCGGCCGCCACCUCCUCCGCCCAUUUUAUUGGAACAAGGAAUCCAGAAGUUCUUCGAGAACAAUCGAGCCGGUGUCUUGGUCACCGAUCGAGGAGCCGUGGCGAUAUGGAAGGAUAUGGGGAUCUACUUCAUGUACGACCCUAGAGCACGUAGCGAUCAAGGUCUGGCUGACUUCUACGGAACCUCUUGCGUCAUGUGGUUUGCUUGUAUCGAGCCUAUGUACGAGGUCUUGUUCACCAACAUCGACGAACAGGAGAAGUAUGGUCGCUAUCAGAUCUGCAGAGUCAUCAUCAAGACCGCUAAUAUCGAACCUCUGCCUUGCCCAGCUGGGUUCAGACCACACUUCGACUGCGUCUCUCCACCUAUUCCUGUGACACAUGGGGACAAGAACACGACGUUGGACGUGGAAACUGUAACGGAAUACAACUUCGUGGACGAGAAGCUCAGCGUGCUGCGCGGCACCUUGCACAUGCACCACCGUACCUGGAGUGGCACCAGCAGAGGCUACCAGAGCACUGCUAUGUCUGCUGUCGCCAUAGUCGUGGGCCUGCUUCAUGUCCCUUCGACUUGGACACCCGAACUGAUCGACGCCAUACUCAAGUACGGUAAUCUAUUGCACCUGGACACCGUGCGUGCCGCCCGUCCAGGCUCCAGGAACUUAUCGCCCAGCGAACUCCUCACGGUGUUCAUCGUUGGUGACUUCAGAGCUACGAUUCACGUCCAUAAUCAUACCGCUGCUGGUUUACUCCUUGCUUUCGACUUGUCCGAAUCGUUGUCCAUGUUCUUUAAGUUCAACUGCGCCGGCAUACUUCACACGACCAAUGUAGCGGUCGCUGUGAUGCAGCAUUACGGCAAGUUCUACCUGUUCGAUCCAUGCGCGAGGGACGAUCAAGGCAGACCGAACUUCGACGGAGCGGCUUGCGUGAUGAAGUGCGAGAGCAUCAUGAAGAUGGCAAAAGUGUUCGUUGCGAACUGUAACCUGAAGACUCCGAACGUUUACACCUUGAACGCGGUGAACGUGUUAAGCUUGUUCUUCUUCUCGGAUGCCAAAACUGGCUGUCCACCGAAAUGUGAACAAUGAAUAACAGAUGCUUCGGCAGUGUCUUUGUAUUGUCAGUUCAGAUGAAGUUCGUAAGUUUCGAUAAUUAUGUGGAACACGAUUAUUGGCUUGUAUCGUUGUACUUCGCGUGCAUCAAAAAGGUAUUUUGAAAAUAUAUUGUACUAAGGUAUUUCAAAUUA